GGACACAGAGAGAAAAUUUGAGUAACAAACUACUCUGAAUGCUCCACAACCUCAGUGGGAGGUGUGGAUGAAUCUAGAACGCGCCCCACAGAUUCGCCAAAGAAAUCAGAACAGAAGAUCCCUCAAGCUGUCGAGGAACUAAGCUUUCUCAACCAGGAUUGUGAACGAGAAAAUAAUUUAUCACCUCUAAAUUAACAUUAUUUUAACUUCAUCACGAUGGAUGAGCUGGAUGAGACUCAGUUAAACAAUCAUGUAGAAAGUCUGAAGCAGCAGCUACAGUAUAACAGAGAGAAGACAUCCGUCUCUAUUCCAGAGCUGGUCAAAUGGAUUGAGGAGAAAAUGACCGAAGAUGCAUUUCUAAAUCCUGACGUGUUGAAGGAGAACCCUUGGGUGGAGACAAGCAAAUGUGUUGUGCUUUAGCAUCAACCUUUAAUCAUUGCAAGUCUACACACAU